UUACAUAGGAGUGAGACCCCAUAUGAACAGAAGCAGUCAGAACUUUCAAUAAUUAUGUUGUACUACCAUUCAUUCUUUCUUCACAUCUCUUUCAUUUCAGAUAUUCAUAUUCAUCUCUUUGUCUGAAAAUUCUAUCACUCUCUCUCCAUGGAAGCUACUGAGUUAUGAUCCUUACUCUCUCACGGGAUCUGAUCUGACUGUCUUUUAACUGUGGUGUUCUGCUGAGAAACAAACAUCUCUAAAUUAAUCAAUGGCUGAUCGACUUCCAUCUCCAACACCUAAAACCUAUUACUCAUCUGUCUUUACCUCUCCAAAGUUUAGGUUUUUCUCUUCCAACAUCACUCCUUUUGACUCCAUCAUCAGCCCUACUUCCACUCUCGAAGCCAACCACAGCCACCCAUCAAUCUUCUCCUCCUCCUCCAAAAACCCUAAAACCACUUCCUGUUUUGAGCCAACAUUAAUCCCCAAACCCCAAAGGUUUCUUCACCCACCUGAAGCCUUUGGCCUCGCCUAUCUCGUCAAAAGCAAAGACCGGUCGAGCAAACCUGUCAACAAGAUUGUCCUAUUCGGGUCGAAGCUCAGAGUCCAGAUACCUUCAGCUGACUUUGGAACUAAAUCCACUGCUGCUUGCACCAGCCCUUGUCUGAAAACAAAGGUCUUAACCGUGAGCGAGGUUGACCAGACGGAGGACUACACGCGCGUCAUAUCUCACGGUCCAAACCCAACCAUCACCCAUAUCUUCGACAACUCUGUUAUCGCGGAGUUUACUCCUCCUUGCUCUGUUCCUUUGCCACAAGUACCCGUGGAGACCAAGGCUAAUUUCUUAAGCUGUUGCUACACUUGUAACAAGACUCUUGACCAAAAACAUGACAUCUAUAUUUACAGAGGGGAGAAAGGGUUUUGCAGUUGCGAGUGCAGGUACCAGGAGAUGCUUCUUGAUCAGAUGGAGGGCUAGCACUCUCUCCAUUUUUUUCAGAUUUUUUUUUCCCAUUUUUCAUUUUUGUCACAAAAAAAUCUACUCUUUGUUUUGCUUUUUUUUUCUUGAAUUAGUUCUCUUUUCUCUUUUUUUUUUUUUUUUUUUUUUGUAACCUUU